AGAUGAGCCGAAAUAGCCCCUCAGAGCAGAGAAGAACCUUCUCGAAAUUAUCACUACAUAUAAGAACAGCAUACCCUAGAUAACACUCUGCAAAACCCCUCACUAUUUCUGUUAUCCACAACAGCAUUCUCCUUUGAAAUGGCAUCUGCAAAUGCUUUCUCAACUGCCUCAAUCCUCUCUUCUUCUUCUUCUUCUUCUUCUUCAACGCAGGGCGGGUUGAGGAAUAGGAGGGCUUACCAGUUGAACGGGAGGAAUUACAACGGCAAGACAUCGAGCUCCAAGAGCCGGUUUGUGGUGAAGGCGAAUGCUAAGGAAAUAGCAUUUGAUCAGAAAUCCAGGACUGCCCUUCAGGCCGGCAUUGAUAAGCUCGCCGAUGCCGUCGGCCUCACGCUUGGCCCCAGGGGGAGGAAUGUUGUGUUGGAUGAAUAUGGAACCCCAAAAGUGGUUAAUGAUGGAGUAACAAUUGCUCGUGCUAUUGAACUUGCUGAUGCUAUGGAAAAUGCUGGUGCUGCCCUCAUUAGGGAGGUUGCAAGCAAAACCAAUGAUUCUGCUGGUGAUGGGACGACAACUGCAUCAGUUCUUGCUCGUGAAAUAAUUAAACUAGGUUUGUUGAGUGUUACAUCUGGUGCGAAUCCAGUGUCCAUAAAGAAGGGUAUUGACAAGACUGUACAUGCUUUGGUGGAAGAGCUUGAAAAGAAAGCUAGGCCUGUUAAAGGUCGUGAUGAUAUUAAAGCAAUUGCUUCAAUCUCUGCUGGAAAUGAUGAAACCAUUGGCACCAUGAUUGCUGAUGCAAUUGACAAAGUUGGUCCUGAUGGUGUGCUAUCCAUUGAAUCAUCUUCCUCCUUUGAAACAACAGUUCAUGUAGAAGAGGGAAUGGAGAUUGACAGAGGAUAUAUAUCCCCUCAAUUUGUCACCAAUCCCGAGAAAUUGAUUGUUGAAUUUGAAAAUGCUAGAGUUUUAGUUACAGAUCAGAAGAUUUCAGCAAUCAAGGACAUUAUCCCCUUGUUGGAGAAAACUACACAGCUACGAGCUCCUUUGCUCAUUAUUGCUGAAGAUGUUACCGGAGAAGCUUUGGCUACUCUUGUUGUCAACAAAUUGAGAGGUAUUCUGAAUGUUGCUGCCAUCAAAGCACCUGGUUUUGGUGAAAGGAGAAAGGCACUUCUUCAAGAUAUUGCCAUUGUAACAGGAGCUGAGUACCAGGCUAGUGAUUUGGGACUUCUUGUUGAGAAUACCCAAGUUGAAGCACUAGGUAUUGCCAGAAAGGUGACAAUUACCAAGGACUCAACAACCAUUAUUGCUGAUGCUGCAUCGAAGGAUGAGAUACAGUCAAGGAUUGCUCAGCUUAAAAAGGAGUUAUUUGAAACUGAUUCAAUCUAUGAUUCUGAGAAACUUGCCGAGAGAAUUGCCAAAUUGUCAGGUGGUGUUGCUGUGAUUAAGGUUGGAGCUGCAACAGAGGCUGAACUUGAGGACCGCAAACUGCGCAUCGAGGAUGCAAAGAAUGCAACUUUUGCUGCCAUUGAGGAGGGAAUUGUACCUGGUGGUGGGGCUGCAUUCGUUCAUCUGUCGACUUAUGUUCCUGCAAUCAAGGACACACUUGAAGACGCAGAUGAGAAAUUAGGAGCUGAUAUCGUGCAAAAGGCAUUAGUUGCACCAGCAUCCCUGAUAGCCCAAAAUGCUGGGGUUGAAGGGGAGGUUGUUGUUGAAAAGGUGAGAGACCGUGAUUGGGAGGUCGGAUACAAUGCAAUGACCGAUAGCUAUGAGAACCUCGUGGAAGCUGGAGUCAUCGAUCCAGCCAAGGUGACAAGAUGUGCUCUGCAGAAUUCUGCUUCAGUUGCAGGAAUGGUCCUCACCACACAAGCCAUUGUCGUCGAGAAACCAAAGCCUAAGACACCUGCCCCUGCUGCUCCUCAAGGUCUUACCGUGUGAUCAAUAGAUUCAGAGCAUGUAGUAUGAACUUUUGGAGUAGUUAAGCUUCACCAUUGUAGGGAAAUGAGACUUGAGUAAUAUAACAAAGAGCAAAAAAUAACUUUUUGGUCAGCUCUUAUUUCUUGGUUGGUUCAUUGUAAGCCAAAUAAGAAAUGAAUGAAAAGAUUCCUCUGGUUGCCA